GUUAGUAGUUUACAAAGUAGACCUUACUUUCCUUGUACCACAAACAUUUUUGUCCUGCCUGCCCUUUGUUGCAAUGCCUUGGCAAAGUAUCUGCAGCAUUACAGCCCUACGAUUCAAUCCACAUUUGUACAUCCAUUAUCUUUGUGCAACCACACUUUUCUAUGCAGGUUUUUCUAAAGAAGAGGGGCUUUCAUUUUGCACAGCAUGUUGGAUAAAACUGGAAAGGAGAUACUGCUGUCUCUAAUCAAAAGGGUCAGAUAUCCCUGUCAAAUUCCUUCUGGGUUCCCUGCAGCAAAUUUAGCCACCCUUGAGCGCAUGUAGGACAUGCGGGGCUGACUGCAGCAUGUGUCAUCAGUGAAGCACAGCGGUGUUGUGAUCCGAAAGGGAGAGUAAAAUGGAGAAUUUAGCCCGACUGCUCGCUAAUGUGCAUCACUACAAAUGAAUUACACACCAUGAGAUAUAUAUAUAUUCAUAUAAGCUGCGUUGAACAGAAAGAGUGUAGAUGAGCGUUAUGAUCAGUGAGUCGUGUGUGUUGCUGGGAGCGCUGUGCUGUGAUCAGUAGCGGUGUUUGUGCGUGCAAGACAUGUUAAGCUCCACCUCGGUGUCUAAAAUGGCAGCGGGGGUUGCGGUGCAGAUGCAGCAGCUCCGUAACUCCUUCCGGCAGCGAUGCAGCAAGAGACCCUCCUACUUCUCACAUGUCGUCACCGGGUCUCGCCCAGUCAAAUUAUUAUGGAGAAAAAAAAAAAAGGAAAAAAAGAAACAAGCCGAGCGAGCAGCCAGCGCGGCCGGAGUGAGCCGGCUCAUGCUUUCAUGCUGGGUCGUUUUUUAUCUCUUUAACCCGGUGAUAAAUAAAGGAGAUGAGGGGACUCCUGCCGCUUUACCGGGGCCUGCACACCCUGAGCAACCGUCAAGCCAGACGCAAAGCUGGGAUUGUCGGUUCUCGGUGCGGGUUUUGCGGAACUGAGUCUAAUAGCAAGCCACAGCCAAGCUUUGGACUGUUAUUCGACAUUGAUGGCGUGCUUGUACGGGGAAGGAUGCCAAUCCCUGCAGCAAAAAAGGCGUUUGAGAAGUUGGUCGACUCUCAGGGACAGUUUGUGGUGCCAGUUGUUUUUGUCACAAAUGCAGGGAACUGCCUCCGACAAAAAAAAGCAGACCAGCUCUCUCACAUCCUGGGAGUACCUAUCACACAAGAUCAAGUCAUCAUGUCCCAUAGUCCACUGAGGAUGUUUAAGAAGUUUCAUGACAAGUGUGUGCUGGUGUCAGGACAGGGACCAGUCCUGGAAAUUGCUAAAAACGUCGGCUUUAAGAAUGUUGUCAGUAUUGAUAUGCUGAGGGAAUCAUUCCCAUUGCUGGACAUGGUGGAUCACAACAGGAGACCCAAACUGCCGUCCAAUCCUGUUGCCAACCUUCCAAAGGUUGAAGUUGUGAUUCUGUUCGGGGAGCCAAUCCGAUGGGAGACCAACCUGCAGCUGAUUAUUGAUAUCUUGUUGACCAACGGUAACCUCAGUAGUGUUCACCUAACCCAAAAGAUGCCUCACCUCCCCCUGCUGGCCUGCAACAUGGACCUCAUGUGGAUGGCUGAGGCGCAUUCUCCACGGUUUGGCCAUGGGACGUUUCUUGUGUGCUUGGAGAACAUCUACAAGAAGAUAACUGGUAAAGACCUGAAGUAUGAGGCUCUAAUAGGAAAACCCAGCGAGCUGACCUACCAUUUUGCGGAGUAUCUCAUCAGAAGCCAAGCCAUGCAGUGGCAGUGGAAACUUCCCAUCACUUCCCUUUAUGCUAUAGGGGAUAACCUUAUGACUGAUAUCUAUGGCGCCAAUCUAUACAACCGCUACCUGGAGGAGAGAGUUGCUAGAAAGAAUCCCAAAGCCGUUGCCAAGAUGGUGGCCACCACAGGGUCAACCGCUGCAGUGCCCCAGGAGGAGGAGAUCGACAACCUGCGGGAGAGCGAGCUAGCGCUGCCCUCUGCUACCUCCUGCAAGUCUGUCCUAGUCUGCACAGGGGUCUACAACCCCAAAGCAGAGGUGCCAUCUGAUGCAAGCCGCUGCAUCAAAGAGACUGUGUUCCACGGUCACCGGGACUUCAUAUUUGACCCCGCACUGGUGGAGCCGGGCCACAUUGUGCAGGAUGUGGCAGAAGCUGUCGACUUGAUCUUUGAACAGGAAAAGUUUGUACCUCAGUAGAGUUUUGAACCAACAGGUCUGUGUGAUUAUGGAAGCCCCAAUAGAGUAGGAGCCUAAUACUGUGGACGUUGUUAAAACACCUGACAGGGCAUUGACAAAAUAUGAGUCUUCUUCUAAACUUUCAGAAAUUGAGACAGAUUUUAGAGAAAUUUAACUAUCAUGUAACUGUUACUCUCAACGAUGUUUUAUAUUGUUUUUGUGAUAGUUUACCUGUUUUUCAUUAAGGAAAAGUGUAAUAACGGCCUUAUUUGACCCUGCUAAAUAUUUUUUUAGAGGAUAGUAACAUUUUAGAUUAUUAAAAAUUCUGAAAUCAUCCUAUAUUUAUUAUAAGAAUUUACCAGUGUUUUUAUGAAACAUAUUCAAAUAACGUUUUAACCCUUAUUCUCGAGAUGACUUUUUAUCAUUGCAUUUUUAGUCAUUUGUUUACCCAUUUAUCCUGGAAAAUCUAUGCAUGAAUAUGAGAGUUAUACUUGUACUGUAAAAACAAUCGUUGGAUGUGCAAUAUUGUCCUCUAAUAGUACUGUCUGUCUGCAUUUUGUCUUGUUGUGAGACCCCUGACCAGUAUUUGCACAGAUCAGAUACUUUCAUCUUUGUUAAAUGUUUCUGUAUCGUCCUGCCAUGACCUGUUGAUAAUGAUAUAGAAUUUCUUUUUUUUUUUUGUGCUUUAAAAUUUUAAUUCAAAAGAUAACUUGACAUUUAUUUAGAUACAAUGCAAAUCAAAAGCUUUUACCGCCCUACAUUUGACCAUAUGUAGUAGUUUA